AUGGCCACAAACUUACGAAAAACCCAUCCACUAAUAAAAAUCAUCAAUAACUCAUUCAUUGACCUACCAAGCCCCUCAAAUAUCUCAGCCUGAUGAAACUUCGGAUCUCUUCUUGGCAUCUGUUUAAUCCUACAAAUUAUCACAGGAAUUUUCCUAGCAAUACACUACUCACCAAACAUCUCACUAGCAUUCUCAUCAGUAGCCCACAUCACCCGAGACGUACAAUACGGGUGACUCAUCCGAAACAUACAUGCCAACGGAGCCUCCAUCUUCUUUAUAUGUAUUUAUCUUCACAUCGGCCGAGGAAUUUAUUACGGCUCAUAUUUAUAUAAAGAAACUUGAAACACAGGAAUCAUCUUACUAUUUACAGUCAUAGCCACCGCAUUCGUUGGCUACGUCCUACCAUGGGGCCAAAUAUCAUUCUGAGGUGCUACCGUUAUCACCAACCUACUCUCAGCUAUCCCAUACAUUGGUGAUACUCUAGUACAAUGAAUCUGAGGUGGAUUCUCAGUAGACAACGCCACCCUAACCCGAUUCUUCACCUUCCACUUCCUACUCCCCUUCACUAUCAUCGGCUUAGCCAUCACACACCUACUAUUUCUUCAUGAAACUGGAUCAAAUAACCCAACAGGGUUAAACUCAAACGCCGACAAAAUUCCAUUCCACCCAUACUUCUCAUACAAGGACCUUUUAGGACUUGUACUAAUACUAGCUAUCCUUCUAACCUUAACACUAUUCUCCCCAAACCUACUGGGAGACCCAGAUAAUUUCACACCAGCCAACCCUCUAUCAACCCCACCACACAUUAAACCAGAAUGGUACUUCUUAUUCGCCUACGCAAUUCUACGAUCUAUCCCAAACAAACUAGGGGGUGUACUUGCCCUGUUAUUCUCCAUUCUAGUAUUAUUCCUCAUACCAACCUUACAUACAUCAAAACAACGCUCAACCAUAUUCCGACCACUAACCCAAACCCUAUUCUGAUGCCUAGUAGCUGACCUGUUAGUACUCACAUGAAUUGGUGGACAACCAGUAGAAGAUCCAUUUAUCACAAUCGGUCAAGCAGCCUCUAUUCUAUACUUCACAAUCAUCCUAAUACUUAUACCAAUCACAGGAAUAAUCGAAAACAAAAUAUUAAACCUAAAAU